GGAAGGGGCGUCAGCUUCGGAUGCAAAGUUGAAACAGAAGCAGCAGAUUGUAUGUAGUGAGGUCACCGAACGGUUCUAACCGGGGAGUUUUUUUGCCAUGUCCCGUGAAAAACGACCGUCAGUUUUCAAGCGGUCGAAAGCGUUUUUUGACAUAAAAAUUUUUUAAUUAUCAAGCGGGCAGAGCGUUGCUGGCAAACAAGCCCGGUCGCAAACUAUCGAUUCGCACUUGAUAAAACGACGCAGGGGAGCCGGCAAAAGGGGCGCCCUUCUGAGGCGCCCGCCGCCUUGGUUUCUGGCGAUUUGGGGCGCCCAAAAAGGGGCGCGCAAAAAACGCGCCCAAAAUCAGAACAGCGAAACAGCAUGGCACGGCCGCGAUUUCGGAGCAUUUUGGGCGGCCGCGAAAGCGGCCGCCUUUUCGCCGGUUUUAGAGCCUGGGAAGCUUUGCAAAAAGCGCCGGCGUGAAAAAUAAAAACGCGAAAAAUAAAAAGCGCCCCAGACGCGCAAAGCCAAUCCGCAUGCUAUGGGCCCGGUUUUUCUUCGCUUUUUGGGCGCCCCCCGUGGCACCCGGAUCGGCCCCAUAGCAUCGGGGCUGGCUUUCGGAAAGGAAUUUUGGAAAUGUGCCAAAAUUUGCGACGUUUCCCAAGUGGCCGCCAUACCGUGCGGCAUAACGUUACUCACGGCGGUAUGGCGUGCCCAUAAAAUGCAAAGCCGCGGCCAAGGCUGCGGCCGGCAAAAAAACGCCCACGACCUCACUACCCCCGCCCCGGCGGCUAUAUUUGGCACGACAGAAGAAUCCCAACCAGGAAGCACCUGCUGGGAAGCACAUACAGUGCAGCGGACGUGUGAGCUACUCGUCCGCGACUGGAGGUUCUUUUGCUCGGUCGGUCACUAAAGUACUUUCAAAGUAAAC